AUGGAUUCUAAUUUUGUUGCAUCAGAAAUUGUGGAAAAAUUGCGACAAAAUCACACUGCUCGUAUUGAUGAGCUCUGGGAGAUCAUACGUACUAAGUAUAAUCAUGAGCUUUCUUACUAUAAAGUAUGGGACGCAAAACAAAAGGCAAUUGCUAAGAUAUUUGGGGAUUGGGAGGAGUCUUACCAAAGGUUGCGGAAAUUGUUGUUGGCAUACUUGGAUCAAGACUCAGGUACCAAGUACAGCUAUCACACCAUACCUAGGCCAUACGAAGGUAUUGCGGUACUUCGCUAUGUAUAUUGGGCAUUCGCUCCAUGCAUUGCUGCAUUCAAAUAUUGCAGGCCAGUGAUCAGUAUUGAUGGGACUCAUUUGUAUGGUAAAUACAAAGGGGUGUUGAUGAUUGCAAUGGCAACUGAUGCUAACCAAAAGGUUUUGCCUCUCGCCUUUGCUGUUGUAGACAGGGAGUCAGGGCUUAGUUGGGGUUGGUUUUUAGAGUGUCUUAGGACUUCCAUAGAGCAUGUCAUACCUAAGGAUGGCAUUUGCAUUAUUUCUGACCGACAUAAAGGUAUCAGAUGCGCCAUUCAAGAGUGGCCUAGAGGUGAGGACGGAAGAGAACAGGUAUAUCAUCGAUAUUGCCUUCGACAUGUUGCUAGCAACUUCAACACAAAAUUUAAGGACCCGACUUUAAAGGCAUUGGCCUUGAAAGCUGGAUAUGCGACUCAUGAAGCAAAAUUCACGUCCAUAAUGCAAACCAUUAAGGAGGCCGAGAUUAAUUUACUGAGGGGUGUAGACCCUAUUGAUCGCCACAUCCUAUGCUAUAUGCCUUACACAUAUCUAAUGAGUGAGGAUGUUGACAAAUGGACCCAGUCACAAGAUGGUGGAAGACGUUACGGGGCAAUGACAACCAAUAUCUCUGAGUGUUUUAAUGGGGUACUUAAAGGUGCCCGCGAUUUGUCCAUUGCUACAAUGGUUGAGUUCACAUGA